GGAGCAGAAACAGAUCCUUCAGCAGAGAGCUGAUGCUUGUCUUUUAAGCUUCUUUUGGUUUGUUUUUUUUUCAUCCAUCUUAUAAAUAAUCAUGUUUUUGUUCCUCUUUCUGUAAGAAUACAUUUUUUCCCAUCUUGGAGAAUUCAAUCCUAAGAUUGAACUAAGCUAUUUCCAUUUUUAGAGUAACUAAAAGAGUUGGAAUAGAGAAGUCUCACUUCAGACGAUGAGGCUCUCGCCUGCAUUCGUGUGGGCAGCCGUCAUAUUGAUGGUGCUGCGGAUGUGCGCUUCAUCCCCUGACAUCAUUGUAGACCUUUCGUCAAAGAACCUUUCCUCUGUGCCCACCGACUUGCCUCUAACAGCAGAAUAUAUAGACCUGUCAUGCAACCACAUACAUCAGCUUCAUAAAGGGGACUUCAAAAACAUAGCCUUCCUUCGGUUCCUGAAUAUGUCAUGGAAUGGCUUGGAACUGAUUGAAACAGAAACGUUUCAUGACACGCCGCUUUUAGAAGAUCUGGAUCUGUCACACAACAUGCUAAGAAACCUGUCAGACCAACAGUACCUGUUAUAUACAGGGAACCUCAGAGUGAUAAACCUGGCAUGGAAUGAGUUUUUGAACAUGACCUUAGGAAAAGAGUUCAGUGUCCUGGGAAAAUUGGAGAAUUUGACACUUGGAGCAAAAGCCAUCAGCCUGGGGGAUUUUAAGAACAUUGCUAAGGCGAAGCUGUACUGUUUGACCCUUUCUCUGGAGAAGGAACUUGCUUAUGAAGCAACCAGCUUAAUAGAUGUUCAUGCUAAAAAAAUUCAAGUAGACCUAAAUGGCGGAAGCAUAACCCAGAGUGAUCUGAUUUCUGAUGUGUUGUCAUUGUUUGUGGAAGUGGAGCUGAGGAAUACGACUGGGGGGUACAAAUAUAUAAAAACAGUGCUUAGUAAAAGAGCUGAAAUCUUCACAUCCCGUCUUUCCGUCAGCAACAUUGAAAUUGAUUGGAAGGAUUUAACUGUAUUGAUAAAUGACACUCUGAAAACCUCUAUUACUCAUCUGAGUGCCUCUGAUACAGCGAUAAACAACCCACCCUAUUUUGAUACCACUGUGACAGAAACAUCUUCUAUGCAGUCCUUCACAGCCAAACGAGCAGUUGUAAACUCUUUCUUUUUCUCCCAGGAAGCCAUGUACAACUUUUUCAUCAACCUGCCAGUAAAGCAUUGUUCUAUCAUAGAGACUUCAUUGAUUCACAUGACGUGUCCAAAGAAACAGAGUCCUAUCCUUGAAUUGGAUUUUUCCUACUGCGCGCUGUCCGAUUCCAUCUUCUCCAGAAUUGAAGGUCAAAAACCAGUGGAAUGCGAGACUCUGAGCAACGUGAAAAAACUCUCUCUGGUGGGCAACAACCUUAAGAACCUUCAAGUAGUGAGUAAGCGGUUGCGGUACAUGAAAUCCCUGCAACACCUGGACAUCAGUAUCAACUCCUUUGUGUAUGAUGGGUCCUCUGAUUGCCCGUGGCCACCAAACAUUACUGUUAUGAAUAUUUCCUCUGGAGGUUUAACAGAAAAUGUGUUUAAAUGUCUACCAAAAGGGGUAGAAGCACUAGACCUGCAGAACAACCAGAUUUCUGUGAUACCGUUGCUCCUACUCAAACUGGAAAAUCUCUCUUCUCUGAAUCUGAAUGCCAACAGGUUUCUGGACCUGCCACCGUGUGUCAACUUCCCAAAAAUGACUGAGCUUCUACUGAAGUCAAACUCCCUCCACGCCCCUUCAGUAAAAGAGUUGAGAAGCUGCCCCAAUCUGAAAAUCCUGGAUGCAAGUCACAACCCGUUCACCUGCACCUGCCCUCUGAGGCACUUCAUUCGUCUUGGCGUUCAGACUAAAUAUGAGUCAGGCCUUGAACUGUUAAACUGGCCAGAGGGUUACCACUGCAUCUACCCAGAAGUAGUUAAAGACUCCAAGCUAGAAAACCUCUGGAUUCCUGAGAUCUCCUGCAGUGCCAGCCUCUUAGCAGCCACCAUCCUGGUUCCUUCUGUGGCAUUGAUCGUCACUGUUUUCUUUCUGUGCAGACGUCUGGAUGUUCCCUGGUACAUGGGCAUGAUCUGGCAGUGGGCCAGAGCCAAACAUCGCGCAAGAAUGCGGCAGCUUCGACCCGAAGACCUUGUGGGUAUUGAGUUCCAUGCUUUUGUGUCCUACAGCCAGCAUGACGCAGACUGGGUGAAGAACUUCCUGCUUUUCAACCUUGAGGGCCCUACAGGAGGGCUCAGAAUCUGCCACCAUGAAAAAGACUUUGUGCCAGGGAAGACAAUUAUGGAGAACAUCAUCACAUGUGUGGAGAAAAGUCGUCGCUCAGUGUUUGUGCUUUCUGCUCACUUUGUCAAGAGUGAAUGGUGCCAUUAUGAGCUGUACUUUGCCAGCCACCAACGUCUUUCUCAGGGCUUGGACAGCAUCGUGCUGGUGCUGCUUGAGCCACUGCCUCAGUACCUAAUCCCAUCCAAGUACUACCAGCUUAAGUCCAUGAUGAACCGCCACACCUACCUGGAAUGGCCUCAGGACAAAGCCAAACAAAGGUUGUUCUGGGCUAAUCUCAGGGCUGCUCUGCAGACUGACCUGUUGAGUGAACCUGUAGCAGAAACUGAGUAACUCUUGUUACCAAGAUGAGUUCUCAGUCUUUUUUAGCCGAAAGUACAAAAGAUCACAAUGCAUUUAUGGCAAAUUUAUCCACUUUGGUCAGGUUUUAAAUAUAUAAAAAAAACUCAAGAGGAAAGAAUGUUGGACAAAAGUAAAUAAAAUAGACUAAAAGGAUGAAACGAAUUGAUAGACUGAGAGAACCUUUAAAUAAUGGGAUGGGGAAUAAGGUGUAAAAUUUCAAAUGUUUUCCCAAACUCUUUUUCUAUACUAUCCAGCUUUCCAAUGUUCAAUAAAUUAGUAUAUGUGUUCUAAUGAGGAUUUGUCAGAUUAAGAGUAUUAUUUGAAAAUGACAAUGUUCAAGCAGGUAUAAAACAUGCCUUUCAAAAAGCCCACAUUUAUGUAUCAAGUUUUUUUUUAUUGGUCUGAUGUAAUAUUCUAAUCUUAAAUGUCAUGUUUUCAUUAUCUGCAAGCAGACAAUCCUCAUAAUUAACAGAACUAAAGGGUUGAAAACAUCAGUUUGUGUGCAGUUUAUGUUUCACUUAAGCUAAGUUACCGAAAUACAUCAACUUUUCGACAAUAUUCAAAUUUAUUGAAUAGGUCUGUAUAGAUCAAAUUCCCUUGUUUUCCAGAGUGCAUCAGAACCCUGAAGGAGGAACGAACGGGACACUGGCACUUUUUAUUUUAAAGGAAAUAAGAUCUAAAAAUGUGGUUGCCCAAAGUGGAUGUAGGGACCAAACUUGAAGUCAUAAAUCAACAUUUCUGGGGUCUUCGGAAGAACAGAAAAAAUAAUGGAAAAUAAUAUUUAUGCUGUAAAUCUCAUAAGAGAUAAAAAGAGUGCUUGGAUAUUGGCUGUUGAUGCUGUUUAACUGCACAAGUUUUAUCUACUUAGUACAGAAAUGAAUUGUUAAUUGUGAUGGUGAAGAAUCUCUUCCUGAUAUUUUGUGGUAGAUUUUACUUCUCGCUUUAAAAAAAAAAAGCAUUUAAUAGUGCAUUUAAUUUGUAUAUACUUUUAUGGGGUAAAUGAAGGUUCUAUAUGCUUGCAUGACAUAAAAUAAUUUGAUAAUAUUCAUUUUUAAACCAGUCAGAUGACAUUUAAUGUAAACAUCAAUAUAAACAUACAAUAUAAACAAGACUGUAGCAAAACAAUAAAGAGUAUCAAAAAGCA